CGAGCCCGAUAGCGCUGCACCGCAGGUCCUUGCCGGGGUGUAGCACUCGUUUGUCGGCCUCAUGUUGUAACUAUCCUCGCGGUUCUCCGGCUCGGUCGUCGCAACGGGCACAGGCACAAGGUAGUGGUCUCAGCCGCUCGAGCCGCAGGGCUCUCCAUCUGAGCCGAUCGGACGCCAGCUCGGACUGCCCUGCCAGGACCGUGCGCGGCCGCUGUGUCCGAGAGGGAGGAGUGAUCCGGUUAGAUCCCCGGAGUAGACGCGCACACCCCAACCGGGGACAGGGAUCUCUCGAGACAUGACCCCCGGGCCAUAGUGAGGCAUCGCCAGCGGCCCCAAGACGAGCGGCGGAAACGGAGAGGACAAAAAUUGCAUAGGCAGGGGUGCACAAAAUGGCGGACACAUUGCGAAUUCUGCCCGGCUGACACUACGGAGCCUCGGCGGAUAUCACAGGACAAACAUAAGGACUCAGAAGAUCAAGGGCUAGGGACGGGACUACAGUCUACAGGGAGAGGCGUGUAUAUGGCUAAAUUGGCAAAAUAAAAAAAGAGCCAGUCAGGAGUUUUGUCUUAUCUGAAAGAUGAGACACAGCCAAUCCGGAGCUCUGGAGAACCCACUUGGCUUCUAGCUACCUGCUUUGCAUUUUUUUCGCUGGAUGGUGGAUUCACAUGAAUGCAGUGUAUACUCCUAAAGUCCUCACAAUUUCCACUGAUGAAUUCUAACAUUUUAUGAAAAAGUGGUUUCUUGACAACAUGACUGUACUUUGGCUUUGACCUUGCUCUUCAGUGAGGACCUUGAUUCCAAUUAUGUCAAGUUCAGGGUAUCCUCAGAACCAAGGAGCGUUCAGCAGUGAGCAGAGCCGCUACUCCUCCCACCCAGUACAAUAUACCUUUUCUAGCGGUCGGCACCAGCAGGAUUUUCCUCUCUCCGAGUACCGCAAUGCUCAUUUGGAAGCCUCCCAGCUUUUGCAGCAACAGCAGCUUCGAAGGCGGCCAUCUUUGCUAUCUGAAUUUCACCCUGGGUCAGACAGGCCCCAGGACAGGCGAUCAGGGUAUGAACAGCAAUACCAUUCCAUGUCACAGGGUGACCAUGAGACCCUGGAAUCAAAGAGACCACGGCUAGAUCAAGGUGACUCUCACUACCGUGUCAAUGCUGCUUCUGCCCUGCCUCUUGUACCUUCCAUCCAGGAGGGGCUUCGGUCACAAGAUGGUAAAAAGGAUCAAGGCUUGUCUGGCAAGCAUGACGUACUUCCAUCUCCCCUCUCUGGAGCCGCUACGGAUGACCAGGAUGCAUCACCCUCCAAACUAUCGAAGGAAGAAUUAAUACAAAGCAUGGACCGAGUGGAUCGUGAGAUUGCUAAAGUCGAACAGCAGAUUCAGAAAUUGAAGAAAAAACAGCAACAGCUUGAAGAAGAAGCAGCCAAACCUCCGGAGCCCGAGAAGCCUGUCUCCCCUCCACCUGUGGAACAGAAGCACCGUAGCAUAGUCCAAAUUAUUUAUGAUGAAAAUCGGAAAAAAGCAGAGGAAGCGCACAAGAUCUUUGAAGGUCUAGGUCCAAAAGUUGAGCUGCCACUUUAUAACCAGCCCUCAGACACUAAGGUUUAUCAUGAAAACAUCAAGACAAAUCAGGUGAUGAGGAAAAAACUAAUUUUGUUUUUCAAGAGAAGGAACCAUGCUAGAAAGCAAAGGGAACAGAACAUUUGUCAGCGUUACGAUCAGCUGAUGGAAGCCUGGGAGAAAAAAGUGGACAGAAUAGAAAAUAACCCACGGAGAAAAGCUAAGGAGAGCAAAACCCGGGAAUACUACGAGAAACAAUUCCCCGAAAUCCGCAAACAGCGUGAACAGCAGGAGAGAUUUCAGAGAGUUGACAAAAAUGUCCGAAUGGUGUGUUUCAGAGUUGGUCAGAGGGGAGCGGGACUAUCUGCCACCAUCGCCAGGAGCGAGCAUGAGAUCUCUGAAAUCAUUGAUGGUCUGUCUGAGCAGGAGAAUAAUGAAAAACAAAUGCGACAGCUCUCUGUUAUACCACCUAUGAUGUUUGAUGCAGAGCAGCGACGGGUGAAGUUCAUUAACAUGAAUGGCUUAAUGGAAGAUCCAAUGAAGGUCUACAAAGAUCGCCAGUUCAUGAAUGUCUGGACCGACCACGAGAAGGAAAUCUUCAAAGAAAAAUUUGUUCAGCAUCCUAAAAACUUUGGCCUGAUUUCUUCUUGUCUAGAAAGAAAGAAUGUCGCAGAUUGUGUGUUAUACUAUUAUUUAACUAAGAAAAAUGAAAACUUUAAAGCUCUUGUAAGAAGAAAUUACGGCAAGCGAAGAGGACGAAACCAGAAGGAUUAUGUAAAACGGGUGAGUGGCAGGCUGGGAGAGCUACAUUUCUAUCAACAGAUUGCACGCCCUUCUCAGGAAGAAAAGGAAAUUGAAAAAGUAGAGGAGGAGAAAACCGAAAAAAAUGAGAAAAAGGAAGAAGAGCGCAGGGAAGAGGAGGAAAAAGAGGAUAAGGAGGAGUUUAGAGAGAACACCAAAGACAAAAUUGAAAUUGUAGCAGAAGACAUGGAAGAAAGGGAACAGUCCACUCCGAAGGGACGUAAAACUGCAAACAGCCAAGGUCGGCGGAAAGGCCGAAUUACUAGGUCAAUGGCAAAUGAGGCUGCUGCUGCAAAUGCUUCUACAUCAUCACCUGCUACUCCUCCUGCUCCACCAGCGCCUGUGUCUGCCCCGACGGAGGAGUCUCCGCUGCCUGCAGCGUCUUCACAGGAGCAAACUUCUGCAGAGACCGUGGAGACCUCCCGUUGGACUGAAGAAGAAAUGGAAGUUGCUAAAAAAGGCUUGGUGGAACAUGGUCGUAACUGGGGAGCUAUCGCCAAGAUGGUUGGAACGAAGAGUGAAGCCCAGUGUAAAAAUUUCUACUUCAAUUACAAAAGGAGGCACAAUCUGGAUAAUUUGCUGCAGCAGCACAAGCAGAAAACUCCCCGCAGGCCACGAGAAGAGCGAGAUGUCUCACAAUGUGAUAGUGUGGCUUCUACGGUGUCUGCUCAGGAGGAUGAGGACAAUGACGCUUCUAACGAUGAAGAAAAUCCUGAAGACAGUGAAGGUGCAGAUAACAGUUCAGACACUGAAAGUGCUCCAUCUCCUUCACCUGUGGAAGGGGCUAAACAAGCAGAUGAAACACAAGACAGAAGCACUUCUGCUUCAUUAACUACAGCCCCUUCCCCCGAGCAAGACCCUGCUUGCAAACCAGCAUCCACUGCAUCCCCCUCCACUGCUGCACAGAAUGUAAAGACACCUGAUAAUCAGUACCCAGAGCUAGAGGUAAAGGAGGAAAUAAACACUGAACCCGAGGAGGCCAUGCAGCUGGAGGAGAGGAGUGAGAGUACAGAGCCUAAACCUGUUCCCAGCCUCCAAGUUAAUACCAAAGUGGAACCUGUUGAAGCAGAGGUGAAGCUACCAGAUGGUGCCCAAGUGAAAAUAGAGGAAGAUACCAAAGACAGAGAGCUAGAAAGAAGUAAGGAAAAGUCAGAACCUGCAGACAUGCAGUAUGUCCCCAGCCAGAUCCCAACACACUUAAGGCCAGAGUCUCACUCAGACAAUGACUCCAGUGCCACAUGUAGCGCAGAUGAGGAAGUAGAUGGAGAGCCUGACAGGUCAAGAGUGUAUAAUAUGGAUUCUAAACCUUCACUGUUAAACCCAACUGGAACAAUUUUGAUAUCUCCUUCCAUGAAGCAGGGAGCAAUGGAUCUGCAGCAAUUACACCACCGUGCUGCUGUCAUACCACCAAUGGUAUCUUGUAGUCCAUGUAAUAUACCAACAGGAACACCUGUCUCUGUAAAUAGUCACUUUAGUUUGUACCAGCAACAUCUCCGAUCAUUGCAUGAAAACAACUUUUUAGAAGAGCAAAGGCAGAGGCAGGAACAGCUCAAUAUGGAAAGCAGGAGAUCGGCCAGUCCAGCCAAGAGUCCAAGCAUUGAAUGGGAAGGAAAAUCUGUGUAUAUGCCUUAUGCUGCUGAAGUCAAGCGUGCACUGGAACAUGAAGCUCAAAUGCAAAAUGCUGCACGGUCCGUUUCACCAUACAGAAUGUCCCCACGAGAUGUCGGCAAAGCUUCUCCGCAAGCAGACCUGAAUCCUGUCCGUUAUUGUGUUCCCCCAGUACUGCAGCCUGCGCCCCAUCAGGUGAUCACUUCUUUAGCAGAUGGAACACGUCUGCCGGUGACUCGACCAACCCGCCCACCUCCGCCUCUGAUUCCAUCAUCCAAAACUUCAAUAUCCUCUUCCGAUAAACCCUCUUUCAUAAUGGGAGGAUCUAUAUCCCAGGGAACACCUGGCACUUAUUUAACAACUCUCAGCCAGCAGCCCUAUGGCCAAGAACCAGUUAAGCCUUCUGUUGGCUCCAUCUCUCUUGGGCUACCAAGGCAGCAGGAAUCUGCUAAAGCUGGUUCUUUGGCCUACAUCAAACAAGAAGAGUUCUCACCCCGUGGCCAGAGUUCUCAGCCUGAAGGGCUCCUCGUCCGUGCACAGCAUGAAGGUGUUGUCAGAGGUACUAUGACUGCACUGCAGGAGGGGAGCAUCACUAGAGGCACUCCUGCCACCAAAGUUCCAAUGGAAUCUAUGUCCUCUCAUCGAGGGUCCAUUACUCAGGGUACUCCAGCACUGUCACAGUCUGGUAUCGCUGCUGAUGUCUUACUGAAGACAACCAUCACCAGACUGGCUACUGAGGAUAUGAGCAGUCCAGAGAAGUGUCGGGAGGAGUCCUCUGCUAAAGGCCACGUCAUUUAUGAGGGAAAGAGCGGACAUAUUGUAUCAUACGAUUCUGCUAUGAAGAAUCUACGAGAUGGUACCCGGAGUCCAAGAAGUGUUCCAGAGAUGACACUGAAGAGAACCUAUGAUGCCAUGGAAGGAAAUAUAAAGCAGAACUUGUCUGUGAGAGAAUCUGCUGUAUCGGCACCAAUGGAAGGAUUGAUAUGUCGUACUCUACCCAAAGGCAGCCCCCACUCAGAGCUGAAAGAGAGGCAGGUCAUGACUGGCUCAAUCAUGCAAGGCACACCUAGAGCCACAUCUGAGAACUUUGAAGAAGGGCUCAAGUAUGCUAAGCAAAUAAAACGUGAAAGUCCUCCAAUAAGGUCAUUUGAAGGAGCCAUCACCAAGGGCAAGCCUUAUGAUGGUGUCACUACAAUCAAAGAAAUGGGACGCUCCAUUCAUGAAAUCCCCAGGCAGGACCUCAUUAGUCAAGAAAGUCGCAAGACCCCAGAAAGUUCUAGGACAAUAAUGGAAGGUUCAAUUUCCCAGGGAACACCUAUAAAACAUGAAGGUUCUUCUGGUCAAUCAACCAUCAAACACAACGUGAAGUCCUUGAUCAUGGGUCCAAGUAAGUUGCCACGUGGGGUGCCACAAAUGGAGAUGAUGCCAGAAAAUUUAAAAGUGGUCGAUAGAGCAAAAUAUGAAGACUCUAAAUCCUCUGAUGCUAUUCGAUCACGUCACACAUCCGUAGUCAGUUCUGGUACGUCAGUGCUCCGGUCAACUCUACAUGAAGCCUCAAAGUCCCAGUUGAGCCCUGGAAUUUAUGAGGAUGCCAAUGCCAGGAGAACUCCAGUGAACUAUCCCAGCCCUAUGUCCAGAAGUUCACCUAUGGCACGGACAUCAGAAGGUGGACUUACUCCAGGAAAGUCUUCCAGUCAUGAGAGAAAAAACACCUUAACCCCCACACAAAGAGAGAACAUUGUAGUGAAGUCCCCUGUUCCUGGUGUAGAUCCAUCCUCUGCUCACAGUCCCUUUGAUCCUCAUAUGCGGGGCGCCACCCCUGGAGAGGUCUAUAGAGCUCAUCUGCCUCCUCACCUCGAUCCUAUCCAGUUCCACAGAGCGUUGGAUCCCGCUGCUGCAGCCUACUUGUUUCAAAGACAGCUGUCCCCAACCCCUGGCUACCCUAGUCAGUACCAGCUCUAUGCCAUGGAGAACACACGACAGACCAUCUUAAAUGACUACAUCACUUCCCAGCAGAUGCAGGUUAAUUUAAGACCGGAUGUCAGCAGAGGGCUUUCCCCAAGAGAACAAGGGUUAGCUAUUCCAUAUCCAGGUGCACGAGGAAUUAUCGACUUAACCAACAUGCCACCUACUAUUUUGGUACCUCACCCUGGAGGAACAAGUACUCCACCGAUGGACAGAAUUACAUACAUACCAGGGACACAGCUGGCAUUCCCUCCCAGACCAUACAACCCAGCUUCCAUGUCUCCAGUUUAUUCCUUAGGACAUCCAUCACACCUAACUGCUGCAUCCUCUGCCAAUGCUGAAAGGGAGCGUGAGAGAGAGCGCGAGCGAGAAAAGGAACAGCGCGAUAGGGAACGGGAAAGAGAGAGAGAUCGGGAGAGGGAGCGAGAGAGAAUGGUUGCUGCAGCUGCUGCCUCCCAGAAUGAACAUUACCUGCGGCCUGUCACAGAGCAGCCUGGUAGGCCGGGAAGUCACGGAAGUCACGGAUAUUUGCGUUCCCCCUCACCAUCAGUCCGCUCCCAGGAGAACAUGAUACAGCAAAGGCCAAGUAUAUUACAUGGAGCUAACGGGAAAAGUGUUAUCACACCUUUAGACCCUGCACAACUACGAAUCAUGCCUCUCAAUCCCGGAGGGCCCUCCAUCACCCAGGGAAUUCCAGCCUCCCGCUACAGCACUGCAGCUGAUGCAUUAGCUGCCUUAGUAGAUGCAGCAGCUUCUGCGCCACAAAUGGAAGUCUCCAAACCAAAAGAAAGCAAGCUGGAUUCUGCACGAUCAGAGGAGAACAUGGCCAGGCGUGCAGCAUUAGAGCAACAGCAAAUGGAAUCUGAGCGUAGACUGGUACAAAGCCCAUACACCUCAUCCAGCUUCUCUAGCAGCAAGUCGCAAAGCCAGCCAUCCCCAGCCGUGUACUCUGAGGCUGGUAAAGAUAAAACUGCACAUACAAAAUCACGAUAUAUGGAGGAGUUAAGGACAAGAGGAAAGACCACUAUAACUGCAGCUAACUUCAUAGAUGUCAUCAUAACACAGCAGAUAGCCUCUGACAAAGAUGCUCGCGAGCGAAGUUCACAGAGCUCCGAUUCCUCCAGUAGCUUGUCUUCCCAUCGCUUCGAGCCUCCAAGGGACACCAUAGAAGUCAUCAGCCCAGCAAAUUCACCAGUGCCGGUACAGGAAAAAGAGACCUACCAACAAGAAGUCCCUAAGCCAAGCCAGCCAGAAAAUGAAAGUAGCCGACAAUAUGAAGGACAGCCCAGUCGCUACCGGACGCAACAGGAGUCCCCCUCACCACAGCAGCCAGCACCCACACAUGUGCCUCAAACUCAUAGACUGAUCACGCUAGCCGAUCAUAUAUGUCACAUUAUAACACAAGACUUUGCCAGGAAUCAGUCUGCCACCCAGGCUUCUCAGCAGCCCCCCACAUCUACAUUCCAGAACACUGCCCCACCAUCAGCCCCUGUCCGGUCCAAGCCAUCCAACAGGUUCAGCCCUGACUCACAGGCCCAGCCUAUGCACCAUCAGCGGCCCGCUUCUAGGGUGUCUCCUGAAAACAUGCCUGACAAGCCUCGAGGAAGGCCUGGAAAGUCACCAGAGAGGGGGCACAUCAGUGAGCCAUACGAGCCUAUAUCACCUCCACAGGUCCCAAUUAUGCAUACAAAGCAGGAUAAUAUGAUGUUAAUGUCCCAGAGACCGGAGCCUGCUGAACAAAGGACUGACUCUCGUUCUCCGGGAAAUAUAAAUUAUCUCCCCUCCUUCUUCACCAAGUUGGAAAACACUUCCCCUAUGGUGAUGUUCAAGAAACAAGAGAUUUUUCGUAAGUUAAUCUCCUCUGGUGGCGGUGACUCUGACAUGGCAGCUGCUCAACCAGGAACAGAAAUUUUUAACCUGCCAGCUGUCACUACCUCAGGAGCCAUCAGCUCUCGAGGUCAUUCCUUUGCUGAUCCCGCCAGUAAUCUGGGUUUAGAGGACAUUAUCCGCAAAGCUUUAAUGGGUAAUUUUGAUGACAAAUCAGAUGACCAUGGUGUCCUAAUGGGAGUAGCACAAGGCAACUCUUCAGGGUCUUCAAGCAAUGAUGGUCGCAGAGAUGAAGCAAAUCCAUCACCCAAUUCAGGCGGAGGAACCACCAAGCAAAAGCUGAUAAGUAAAUCUGGCAGCCGCAAAAUGAAGUCCCCCAUUUCUGGCAGCCAGGCAUACAUGGGGGCUGAACGGCCCUCUUCUGUCUCCUCCGUUCAUUCAGAAGGAGAUUACAGGCAGGCUCCAGCGUGGGCCUGGGAAGACCGACCUUCUUCCACAGGGUCCACCCAGUUCCCAUACAACCCAUUAACUAUGGGAAUGCUGAACAGUACUCCUCCAUCUUCUAUAGCAUGUGCACCCCCCUCAAUGACGCAGAGUUCUGCUCACCAGCAGGGCAGGAUAUGGGAACGGGAGCCAGCACCUCUCCUAUCGUCACAGUAUGAAACCCUGUCUGACAGCGAUGACUGAAACACUUUGGAAUACAGAACUGCAUGUCUACGGAUUCCAACAGUAAUGUCUCAAAUCAGGGCCUGGAAGACUUUUCCUAAAGAGAGCCACAGGCUGAGCAAGAGGCCACCUUCCUGCACAGGGAACUAUAGAGUCGUGUACAAAUAAUAAUGGAUAUCCGCCUGCUUUGUCCAGGCCUGCUAUUAGCAGAAUGUAAUUAGUAGAGUUAAAGUUCCACAUUAAUAUGUAAAGAAGUUUGAAAGGAGAAGAAGAAAAAGUGUAUUAUUGGACAACUACCAAUUUACAGCUAUUUGUAAAAAACAAACAAAAAAAAAACAAUGUCCUUAAAUCAUUAUUCUGUAAAUAUUUGCAGUGUUUUUUUCCCCUUUGCUCUAGUAUGGUGUAUGUAUGUUUUAAAUCAAUGCCCCAUAGAAUUUGUUUUUGUCUCCUGGAUGAUACUGAACAUUGAUUGCCAGCCCUAAUUAAUUGUUCUGCACCUUAUAAUAACUGGCCAGGUUUAGCAGUCAUCAAACAAAGUUUUGCUUAGAAAGAGCAGCAUAAACUCACCUUUUUAUAUUCAGGAAAAGUGUGAAGGAAAAUACAUUUUAGAACCAUUCGUUUCAUUUUUAACCUGUGGCUUAAAUGCUAAAUCUUGUUUAAAAAGAAACCAAACUUUUUUUAUUAAUAAAUAAAUAUAUAUAUAUAUAUAUAUAUAUAUAUAUAUAUAUAUAUUUUUUUUUUUUUUUUAUCAGACCUACAUCUGAACGAAGCUUUUCUGCACUAGCAAUGACCAUUGCAAAGUCGUGUCUGUGAAUUUUAGGUUCUGGUUGUUUUUAUCCUUUGUAGGAACAUAUUCCCCAAUAGAUAUAUGUGUAUAAACCGGAUUGUCACCAAUCUAAAGACAGAUUGGUGCAGUAGAUUUUUUUUUUUAAUAUUAUUAUUAUUAUUUUAAUUUUUUAUUUUAUUUUAAUUUUUUUCCCCUCACAGCUUUCAUUUAAAUCUAUACAUGGAUUGUAAUAAAAUGUUUUGCGCAACUGAA